UGCAAGAGCGGGCAGGCAGUAUGGCUGCUCUGCGGAUUCUUGCGCAAGAAUGGCCAUACUUGCGCAAGAAGCUGCGAGUGUAGACAUUGCCUUACUGAUUUAUUUUAGGUCAUUAAGGCUUUCAGCAGCUGCCAUUAUAUUCUUUCAGGAAUUAAUAAACCAAUGUAUCUGUAGUGGUGGCUCUAUUAUUCAGUCUACUUCAAAAUGGUCUAGCUAUUUACUCUUCUUAGCAUAUGCACAAUGUGCCUCAGGUGACAGAGGACCAGGAUUCAUCUUCAUUCAUUAAGUUUGGUCAUGUGGUUGGAUCAUUAGUAAAGCUCUGCCAGUCUCCUUAUAUCCACAGCCCCUGUUUGUGAAUAGAAGAUUGGAUGCAGAUACUAUUUUGUAUCUGUGCAGGCCUCUAAUCAUUAACUUUCCCAGAUUGCAUCAGGUACUGAGGGGGAGUGCAACACAAAGGCUGAUCCAUGCCACCCACCCAUGGACUGCUUGACAGAUUCUAUAAUUUCCAUUCUUAUUGUUCCAUUUUAUUACUAGGAAAGAGAAAGACUAUCUGAAAAUUCCUAUUCUGCUCUAAUGUAACCAUCUUUCUGUAAACAAUGCUAAAUCAAGCCAUUAUCAGAUCAAGUAAGGGGAAGUGAAGACAGCUCUUCUGGUAUUGUUACAAGAAUGGUCAAUCUGUGAAUUGCACAGUUGGAAACAUGAUCUUUCCAUACAUCUUUCUAAACAGUACCAUGACUGAGAAGAAUAAACGUAAAGUAAAUGUUCUGAGCCACCUUGUGGCGAGUGUGUAGCAUUUAAGAAGUUGAAAGACAAGACACUUUAAAACUGGAAUUUUUAAUGAAAAAGCUAUUAUAGCUUGAGAGCCACUGUCAUGAGAAAAAGUGUGAAUAUAUUUCCUCUUUUAAUAAAUGUAUUUACAAUGGAAUAAAAAACCACAUAUGUAGAAUGCUAAUUGAAUCUGUUUAUCUGCUAAUAACGCAAUCAGUGUAUUAUUUCUCAAAUAUAAUUUCCUAGUUCAUCCCCAAAAAGGUAUCCUAUGAGUUUUUUUCAUCCUAUCUCUACUUAUUCUAAAUGUUAAAAAUGUACUAAGAAUUCUUAAAUCCCAUGAACUAUUGCUUAAUUAAUCUCUAGUCUAAUAUCUUCCUAUAAUAGCUGCUUUGUCUUCUCAUAUGCCUUUUCUUAUGUGUGAUUGCUUUUAACAAUUUCUUUAUCACUUGUGUUGCUGUCUAUGCAGUCAGCCAGUAAUUUCAAGAAGUUAGAGCAAUUGCCAGUGUUAGCUGUGUUCCUGUGGUUGUGGUUUUAAUUGAAGUGUCAGUAAUUGAUAAUUAUGAUUAAGAUCCCAAUGUUAAGUGCAACUCUUUACAUGCAAGUACAAGUUAUGAUAUUUGACAGUUAAUUUUCUACUGUAUUUGUGUGUCAUAAGGUUUGAAAAUGAUGAAGUGUUUAUAUAAAGCUUUGAUUACUGUUGACUACUUUAGGCCAAGUUUUUUAUGGGUGAUUAUUGAUUUGAGGGUUUCAAAAUUAGAUACCCCAAAAUGAAGCCUCAUUAGAGACAUGAAAGUUUGGUUAAUUUUUUAGUAGUAGAUUAUAUGUUCUGAUAAGAUUAUUAGGCUAAUUUCAAAGAGCCAGCUAAAAUAAAAAUACCUACUUAUCUGAAAAAUGAUUUUGAGCCACAACUUCCAUUAAAAUGAAUAGUAGUUGCAGAUGUUCAGGUUUCUAAAAAAGUAGAUCUCUUCUUGAUAUUAAUAUUUAAACAAAAGCUAUUUCUGCUAUUAAUCUUUACUUUUGUUAGUUUAUGUUUAGAAUACAAGUCUUUAGCACUCCAAUAUUCCCUCACAAGCAUCACUACCCUGUUUUUACCCACUCUUUAAGGGAAAGCACUGGAUGUGUAUCUUUUUUGUUUGACACACUUGCCUUGCAGCUGAGUUGAAUUCUAAAUAUGCCCCCCCCCCUUUUUUUUUGAGUAGUAUGAAGAUCUGAAUAUAUGCAUUGCAAACCUUUGGAUUGCUGUGUUUCAUCAAAGCAAUGGCUUGUCAGGAGUUUACUGUCUUAUACACUCAUCAGAAGACUAAAAAAUCGAAAGUAUGGCAAGAUGGAGUUUUGAAAACCACUACUGGAGGAAAUAAGGCAACCUUAUUUGAUGACAGAGGACAAUGUUUGGAGAGUGUAUUUGUUAAAUCUCAGGUGAAACCUGGAGAUGACUUAGAAAGUGACCGAUAUUUGAUCACAAUUGAAGCAGAAAAAAUAACUGAAAACUGUGGUAGUGAUCAGCCAAAGAAAACAGAAGCGCCUACGCUGAACAGAAAUAGUUUGAAGCCCAGUGGUUUCUCUCUGCCCCAUCUACCUCUUGGCUUGAAAAGGAAACAUACUGGCUUUCAAGGGCCACGUCAAAUUGAAAAGAAAAUGGUGCUGAUGGAAGAUGAUGAAGCAGUAGUAUCCCAUUCAUCUAAGCGGUCUCUGUUGUCCUUUCCUUCUCAGUUGUAUAACACCUCUCCUUUAUUUUCUACUACUUGCGAGAAGGAUGCUGAAACUAAUUCAUCAUCACUCUCUAAUAAUGAUGCUUGCACAGGCAGCAAUAGAGACCAUAUGUCUGUCUCCUCACUGGUUUCCACUUCUUAUAUUGGCAUUCCCAAAGAAGUGAUACACAAUAGAAACCACAGCAUCUCUAUUUCUGGACAGAUGGAAUCAAAUUGUCAGACAGUCAGUGGUAUGUCUCUGUCUCAGAACAUCAGGAGCAAAGCACAGAUAAUAGCACUUCUGAAAUCCAAGCCAACACAACUGUGCAACGAUCAAAACUCUUCCGAAAUCACUGAGUGUUGUUCUGGAUGUCAGUUGUCAGAAAGCAGAGGAAUUUUAUUGAAACAAAAGAGUGGAAAUGUGUCUGCACAUAUGGAUAUCUCUGACAGAGAAAGUACCAAGAAUAUACAGCACCAAUCAACUACAGAGAAAACAAUAACUAAUAGUUGGGAUGUUUAUAUGUUGCCAAAUUCAGCCAAACAGUCUUGUGAUGAAGAAGUCACAGAAAGGAGACAUGACAAAAAAGCAAGUAAUUUAGGUUUGGAUUUACAAGACCCUCAAAACCCAAAGGCUUCACAUUUCAUGGCAGCCUUUGUGCAGCCUGUUGAAAAAGGGCUAAAAUACAAUUGCGAGAAACAAACAGAUCAUGACAGGCAAUACAGCUGGGAUUGUAAAACAGCUUCUCAAGCAUCUGCAUCCCGUGGAAGUGAUUGGGAAACUCAGCUGUUAGCCAUUAAUGAGAGUUCUGGCAAAGACCAACUGAAUCCUUGUGAAUUACCUGAAUCAAAUAUAAAUAAAGAGAGUGACAUUCAAUUUGUCUCAUCUUCAGAGGAUGUUUAUACUAGGAGCACAAAUGCAUCCAUUAUCUUUGAAACAAAUAUCCCCAAAUGCCAUGAACAUACUGUAACUGAGCAUCUUAAAGAUUCAGAAGUUUCUUCUGCUCAGUCACAAAAUGGACUUCUGCCAAGAAUAGAUUUAGGAAGUAUAGUUAAUGAGUCUAGGAUUUCUGGUCCUGAAGCUGUAAGUGAGGAAUUAGUUGCAUGCGGAGAAAUUAGUGAUCCAGCUGAUCAGUUUAUGGAAAUUAACUUCAAUCUGUCAGAAACUUUUGAUUUUAAUGACACACAAGAUGAAGUAGAAUGUGAAAGUAACAUGCUUUCCCAGGGUUCAACCUGCUUGACAAUAGGAGCUAUGGCACAGAACAGUGAGAGGAGGGUUCAUAUGAACUGUGGAGUAAUAAUACGUAAUAAUGAAGAAAGAGUUGUCAAAUAUUCAACAAUUCUGAGGGAGAGAGAUGACAAUCAGACCAGAAAGUCUCUGCAAUUACAACUGUGUGAUAAAUCCUGUGAAUGUUUUGACAAAACUGUGAAAGAUGAUCUAACUCUUUCUCUAGUUGAACUGGGAAAUUCAGAGAGUAAAAACAUUGGAGAGAUGAAUGCGAGUACAUUAAAUAUUGAAGUCACUGAUGAUAAGAAAGACCAGGUUUUCUCUCCACAGUCUACUGUUAGAGACUUGUUAAUCGAGAAUAAAAAGUGCUCUGAUGCUUUUGUGAAUGGUGGAGUCAGUAAUUAUGAAUGUGAUACUAGAAACAAAUUUGAGAAAAAUGAAAUUAUUUCAUAUAUUCCUACUACUUUACAGACUUGUGUCACGGACAAAAAUCCAGAAAAAGAUGUUCUACAUCUCGGAGACACAAACUCCCAGGAUAGUCCUUUAGAACAUUACUUGAUGGCUAGUGGUGAUGAAAUUAUACCAGUGAAUCCUUUAUUGGCCUCACCACCAAAGGUUGGCAAUUCCAGUGACCCAUGCCAGUAUAUUACUGGUAAACACUGUACCACAUUUGAUACACUAGAUAAAGAACAUACUCAGGUUUCCAGAACUAUCACUUAUCCUUUAACAAGGGAACAUAUGUCCUCAAAGGAAGACAGAAUGUGUGAAAUUGAGUUUGAAAAUGGAUCAAGCAUCAUGCCUUCAAUUCAUGAUGCCAUGGAAGGUAAAAGAAGGGAAACCGAUUUCCUGAAACACAUACCUCAAAUUGAUAAUUCUUCAGGACUUCCUGACUUAGUAAAUGGCAUUACUCUUUUAAGAUCUCUGACUGAACAUACAACAGCAUUAGAAAGCUUACAAAUGAUGGAGAAAAAUAAUGGUUUGCUGUAUCAAAGAGAAACUACUAAAGAGAAAAGUGAAACAGCUGAAGAAUUGGAAGCUAGGCAACAGUUAGCUGAAGUGUCUUAUUCAGAAGAUAUGCAGACAUCUUAUUUAUACUUUGACUCUCCUGAAUCUGUGCAAUCAUCUAUGAACAAUGACUUAGAGAAAUCUAUUUCUGCUCACUGGCCCGGUAGUACAGCUAAGAGAAUUUUUGACUACCAACCAAAGCCAGUUGAAUUUCAAGGGCACCAGGUACAAGGAUCAGCAACUAGUGAGUUAAUGAUGAGACUUCCCUACUCAGAGCUAGGAUGGAAUCAAUAUCCAGAUACUAUUGACCAUGAAAGCCUCACAGACAAUUACUUAAUGUCACCCCAGCUUCCAAGCAGUUCUACCGUGACUGGCUUAAUACAGUCCCCAGGCUCAAGAUGUCUUCCAGAAGAUGGUCUAAACUUUAUUACAGGAGAUGAUUUUCAAAAGAAAUCUGAAUUUAUUGAAGACCCAGUCACCAAUCCAUCUUCACUGAAGUUGAAUGCUAUGACAUCUCCUUCUGAUUUUAAUUUGGGACAUAAAGAGUGGACUUCAUGGAAGCCCAACAAGGUGUUCUCAACAGUGCAGCAGCAUGCUUCAUUGAAUUCUGACUCUAUGUCCCCAACUCCAAGGAGUGAAGAAAAUAUAAUAGACAUACAAGAACAGAUGUCCGUGACGUCCAGAGCUUUACCAAGUGAUAAAGAAAAUUCAGCAUGCUUUUUCAGAACAGAGGAUUCUUGCUGUUCAGAAGAUGGUGACCUCUUAAGCCUCCAGUCUGCACUUAGAACAAGAACUCCACUUAUCACUGUUCCUGCCACUGGAGAGACUCCUGAAUCAGAAGUUUAUUCAUGUGUAAUGGACUGUGAGGAAGUCCAGCAAUCCUUUGGGUCUCCAAUAGCCAACGUUUAUGGCCAGCCAGCAGUGUUUCCUGUCUCUGAUUUUGGGCCUGAGGACAGGAACUAUGAAACCUCUGUAGAGUGCUCGGAAGGGAAGUUGAUACAGCCAGUGGUUUCUAAUGUGACUUCACAAAACAGACAAAGCAAGUGGCUGAAAUAUCAGAACACAGCUCAGUGUGAUUUGAUAACUCAAAACAGAGGUGAUGUGAAAGUGACUGAUGACUUCUGUGCUGAGAAUGUCUUUGGAAUGCCCCUUGCUGACACUAGACAGAGUCAGAGUGAUGCCAUGAAUAAAAGCCUUCCAGACUCUGUGCAUCUGCAAAGGAUAAGAGGCAUACUUGGUAAACAUGGCAGAAAUUUUAGCAGCCAAGAUUCUGUUUCAGAAGGGAAGAUACUUUCUCUGCACUUAAAGCAAAUUCCUAUUGCUGAAGAAGCACAGAAGGUGUUAGGUCAGCUGACUCACCAUUGUGUAAUGGGAGACAGUCAGGACAUCUCUUUCUCUGAGCUAUCUUUUCCUAGUGGGGAUAAAGUAAAAUGUACUAAUCUUCCUAAAAGGCAGACUUACAUACCUACUGUGUUUCAGUCUCAUGUUCAUUACAAGCAGAUCUUUACAGCUGCUUUGACAGAACAUUUAAACAUACUGCUUUUUGAGCAGUCACAAAGACUAAACAAGGCUCUUUCCAACGUGAACAUGACUUUUUGCACUUCAGUGAAAAAUGGGCACAAGGAAAAUAAUGAAAACUGUGUUCCACUCUGCAAUCACAAGCAUCCAGCAAAGCUUGCUAUGGUUAAAAAAGAAGGUCAAAAUAAGGGUCGCCUUUUUUAUACCUGUGAUGCCCCCAAAACUGACCAGUGUAAGUUUUUCAAGUGGAUAGAAGAUGUGAACCCAGGACAGCUAAAAUCCAGACCCAGUUUAAUGCUUCAUGAUAUAAAGAGUAUUGGAGCUUACCUCAGAUGUCAAAAGAUUUCCCUCUAUGAGGAAUGCCAGCUCUUGGUGAGAAGAGCCUUCGAUGUUCAAAGAAAACAUAAUAAGCUAAAGACAUUAAUGAUUGCAAAUGCUACAUUUGAUGGGGAUUCGAAAAGCAAGCUAUACCUUAAAUUGAGCAGAAAGGAACACUCCUCCAUGUACAGCAGAGAUGAUCUGUGGGUUGUUUCAAAGACUCUAAACUUUGAAUCCCUGAACACUUUCAUUGCAUGUAGUGCUUUCUUUGGACCAUCAUCUAGCAAUGAAGUUGAAUUAUUGCCUCUGAAAGGCUAUUAUUCCUCCAAUUGGUGCUCAAAUAUUAUCGUUCAUGCCUUGCUGGUUUGUAAUGCUAGCACUGAGCUUACAGCUUUGAGAAAUAUAAAAGAGUACUUCAGUCCAGCUACUCUACCACUAAUAAAAUACCUACUAAAAAUGCCUGUCAGCGUCAAACAUGCUCACGACAGAGUCAACAAAAGAAAAUUUAUUCCGCCAGCCUUAAAUACAAAGUGUACAAUGAUGUGUGGGCUUCUCAGUCCAGAAGUAACAUUGGGAUUGGCCAGAAAGAUGAUCCAGACAUUCCAGCUGAACACAGAUCAAGCUACAGCACUGAUUCAAAUAGCUCAGAUGAUGGCAUCCCAUGAAAAUGAUGCACAAAUGGAAAACCAGCAGACCUUCCCUAUCACAAUCAUACAUGGUGUUUUUGGAGCUGGAAAGAGUUACUUGCUGUCUGUUGUGGUCUUGUUCCUGGUACAGCUCUUUGAAAGCAGUGAAGAAGCUGAAGGCUCAAAACCAUCCCCAUGGAAACUUCUGAUUGCUUCUUCCACUAAUGUUGCUGUUGACAGGGUACUUCUUGGUCUACUAGAUCUUGGAUUUGAGGACUUCAUCAGAGUUGGAAGUGUUAGAAAAAUUGCCAAGAGAGUUCUUCCUUACAGCUUACAUGCUGGCUCUGGAAGUGAGAGUGAAGAGUUAAAAGAACUGCUUGCCCUGAUGAAAAAAGAUUUAACUCCAGCAGAAAAAAUAUAUGUGAGAAAGAGUAUCGAACAUCAUAAACUAGGAACCAAUAAAGCUAUUCUGCGACAGGUGAAAGUGGUUGGGGCAACCUGUGCUGCCUGCCCAUUCCCUUGCAUGAAUAACCUGAAGUUCCCUGUGGUGGUGCUGGAUGAGUGCAGUCAGAUGACAGAACCUACUUCGCUCCUUCCCAUUGCAAGGUUUGUGUGUGAAAAGCUGGUGCUAGUUGGAGACCCUAAACAGCUGCCACCAACUAUUCAAGGGUCUGAAGGUGCUCAUGAUAAUGGAUUGGAGCAGACUCUCUUUGACCGCCUUAGUUUGAUGGGACACAAUGCAGUCUUUCUUAGGACACAGUAUCGUUGUCACCCUGCUAUUAGCUCUAUAGUCAAUGAUCUGUUCUAUGAAGGAAAUCUGUUGGAUGGUAUUUCAGAGAUGGACAGAAGUCCUCUAUUGGAUUGGCUUCCAACACUAUGUUUCUUUAAUGUUAAUGGGAUAGAGCAGAUUGAAAGAGACAAUAGCUUUUAUAACAUGGCAGAAGUUUAUUUUAUAAUCAAGCUUAUCCAGUCAUUGAUUGCAAGUGGAAUAGAGGGAUCCAUGAUUGGGGUGAUUACAUUAUAUAAAUCACAGAUGUAUAAGAUUUACAAUUUACUAAGUGCUGUACACUCUGAUGCUCUUGAGAUAAAAGCUGUCCAAGUGUCUACUGUAGAUGCAUUUCAAGGAGCAGAAAAGGAAAUCAUUGUUCUGUCUUGUGUGAGAACAAGACAAGUUGGAUUCAUAGACUCAGAAAAGAGAAUGAAUGUUGCCCUGACAAGAGGGAAGAGGCAUUUGUUGAUUGUGGGAAAUCUGGCCUGUUUGAAUAAGAACAAACUAUGGGGACGUGUAAUUCACCACUGCGAAGGAAGAGAGUUUGGAGUGCAACAUGUAAGCCUGUAUGAGCAACAACUGAACAACAUUCUUACACAUUACUUGGAGAAAAAGAUGGAAGAAGAAAACAAUAUGCCUAAGAAAGAAAUUAAAACUCUUUCACAGAAGGAAGAGUACAGCUGCGCAACUGAAUGAUAUGAAUACAGCUUCAUAGAAUGGUGUUCCAUGAUGAGAAGGGACGUAAGAGAGGAAACCUGUCCAUUAGAUAAGAAAUCUGGAAACUAACCAAAACAGCCUCUUCUAAGACAACAUAAAACAAUCAGAAAAAUCUCUUUAAAAUAAAAUAUGUAAAAAUUGUAGAAGAAUGUGUCUAGGCACCAAAUCCAGAAGUGUUUUGUAUUGGAAGUGUCUGUAGAGAAAAUUCACGAACUUAAGAUAUUCAAGCCAUUCUUCUUAGCUUCUGAAAACUUGAAACCGAUAACCAUAUUUCUUGUAUUUCAUAUAGAUAGACGACUUGGUUUUGGAAUGCGAUUUAAUAUGCAUGUAUUUGUUAUAAGACAAGUUCUUUUAGAGCCUAAAAUGAUCUUGUGAUAAAAUAAAGAUGGUCCACUAGGUGGUGCCAGUGCACUCUUUCUUGCCGCUGGCUGGACCAAUCUGAACAACUAUCCUUUUGAACUAUCAAAGGUUUAAUAAAGAAAGGUAGUGAAGAAAGAACAUUUGAAUAAUCGCACGACAUCAAUACAGAUAAUGACUUAAAUCUGAUGCAAGUCUGCUGCCAGCAGUAGCUGGAGUACUAUUCUUUGCCUGUGAAAAAACGGAGCUGCAUUACACAGCCUAAACUUCACAGUUAACCAUUUUAUUAAAUGUUUCCAGCGAGAAAGUGAGAAACGCUCUAUCAUAUUUGAGAAGAGUUUCUGGCCCAAGUAGCAGCUGAAGACAUUAAUAAGUGGAGUUGUGGAAGAAGAAACAGUAGAUGGCUGAAUAGCUCCUUUAAAUUACUGCUGACACCUCUGUUACAGCUCCCUAAAAUCUCAAUCAACAAUCCAUUAGAACUCAACAGGAGUAAAACUAAAUCCUCGUUUAAGUGUAUUUAUCCGAUCUCUUUUCACUCUUUCAAAUGCUAAAUCCAUUUCAGCAUAUGCCCCUUCUUUCUCUCGCCUUUCUCUAAAGACUGGCAGCCUAUACUACUCUUGUAAAUAUGAAAGAUGCUAAUCAUAUGACAUAUCACGUCUCAGUCGGAGCCUGGAAUAAAGCCUUGAGAUUUGGGAUCAUUGCCUCCAGACAACAGCUUCAUCAGCCGGAA